AUGAAUCCCAUCUACGGCACCACCAUCCUGGUCUUCCUCUGCAGUACGCUGCUCGCUUCGGUUGCCGCCGCCCCCAGCAAGGACGCCUGUGCCAAGGGAGACAUCAACACGGAUCCGUUCUCCUGCUGCACCAUCCCGAAGCUGCUGGACGUCGCGGUCGUGACCACCUGUUUCGAAAAGUACCCGAUCGAUCCGGCCACCAAACCCACCAAGGGAUCGUUCUCACCGACGGAUUGCAUGUCGGAGUGCAUCAUGAACAACACCGGCAUCUACAACAAGAAGGGCGACGUGGACUCGAAGAAGCUGUCCAACGUGUUCACCGACAGUCUGCCAGCGAACAGCCCCUGGCUGACCGUGGUGAACAACGCGAUCAAGGAGUGCUCGACCCAGGCCACCAAGAAGACGGGCGAGUUCGACAAGACCAUUGCCGCGUCGAAGAAAACCGCCACCAAGGGCCAGCUCGUGUGCAAUCCGGAGGCAAGCUUCCUGGUCGACUGCAUUCACACCACCGUGUUCACCAACUGCCCGGCCAGUCUACGCUCGGCCUCGACGGAAUGUGACAGCAUCUGGCAGUUCCUGAAGACCUGCCCGUUCAGUGCACUGCGUCAGUAA